AGCCCGGCCUUAGCGGCGGCGGCGCGGCCCGGGAGCACAGCACAGCGCGGCCCGAAGGGAUGGCGGCGGCGGCGGAGCGUGGCCGUGAUGGCAGCUGCCACUUCCAGCGCUCCCGGCUCAUCUGGAUGRUCGCCAUCAUCUUCGGCAUGGUCCUCCUCGGCUGGGUAACACUUUGGCCUUCAACUAUACCUUAUAGUUACUUGGGAUUAUUUGGUACCUUCCUUAAUUAUUUAGUGGAACACCACCACAAGUGGGUAUGCUACGGGUUCUGGGUGUCCUGGUUGAUCCACAUAGUGGAAGCCCUCUACGGUAUUAAGUUAUGCCAAUCUAAAGGCAUCACUGACCCAGCAGUUCAGUUUCAAUGGUUYGUUCAGACCCUUUUGUUUGGAUAUGCUUCCUUUGGUCUCCUGGUGUCUUACAAGCCUCCAGCCAAGAAGCAGCACUAGAAGACAAUGAAAGAAGUCACUUCUCACAUUCUUCAUCCUCAUUUUCCUGAAAAAAGACCCCCACAUACAUGUCUAGGUGCUGUUAUUAGUUAAAUUACAUUCCUGCUGCAUGAUGCAGUGCUCUUCUACCCAAGCAACUCUCCUCUUAUUAAGCAACACAAUUACAAUUCACGGGGCCCUGUGGAUAGUUCAGUAGAAAAUCAGCCCUUCAGUCUCAGCACUGCCAAAUUUUGAUACGGUUUAUUAUGCAAGAAGCUGGAGUUGCUCCUCUGCGUAUUUUGGCAUGUGUACUCUGUCACUGACAGCUKCUAGUAGUGAUUGAUAAAUUACCUUUUCAUGAGGAGAAUUGUUGUUCUACAAAGGGAGGGUUAUUGACACAAGGCAACUUUCACCUGUUUUGUAAUGGUACUUAAAUUUACCUGUAUUUUCUCUACGGGACKGGCGUUGUUGUUGUUGUUAAAGCCUGGCCUUUGUACUUUGUUUGUCUGCUUAUUUUGUUCCACAAAGGACAGACCACUGUAUUGCUGCAGGCACAUCAAAAAGACCAAUGUCUGAGUGUCUCAGCUCAGGCUAAGAUGCAGUGAGUUUGGAUACAUAAAGCACUUUAACUUGGUUUAAUACAAGUGCCUUAAAAUUCGUGCAGCAUGACCUCAUCUUUUAAAUGAAAAUUUUAAGUUAUGAGUUGUUAUAGUAUGAAGUAGCUUUGAGGGUAGUUUUUUUGAUAAGUAAUUUAUUAUCCAAAGGGAAAAAAAAACUGUUUGAAAAUCUGGCUGAAAAGUUGAUAUUUGGGAAUGAAAUUAGAUGUACUGAAUAAAUAUAUUCCACUGUUUGCCAGGUGCUGRUGUUCUAAAAGCUAAGGUUGAGAGACCAUCAUAAGCACCCCUCAGAGCAUGUGUAGUGAGUCUYCCAUCAGAUUGUCUUUUACUUUUGAGUAUUUGAACAAGAAUUUAGCCUGUGUAGUUUAGCACUUGUAAACGGAAUAACURUUUAAAAUACUAAUCUGGUGUGGGGAGAUUUCUUAUCCUUUCUUCCAGAACAAUAGCAUGGCAAAGGUUGUUCUGUCCCUAAGAGCUCUGCAAGGCCGUAACAAAUAACCUUGUGCCUUGUGCAGUACCUACAGACUGUAACACUUCCAAUGGGAGAAGCCUUAUUCAAGCACAGCUACAUAAAGGUUUGCUUUCAGUGGGUACUAAAAGCAUGGAGAACUGAAGGGUUUGAAAUGGUGGUUUGUUUGUGGUUUGGGGUUUGAUGUUGUUUAAUGGAAAAUUGGUAACUUUAACCUUUUUUAGCAAAGUAGAAACUCAUUUAGGGGCUAGAAAUCCAACAGGAAUGUCAAGAGCCUGAGUUAUGUUUUAUUGUGUAAGCUUUUGUCUUAGUCUGUGACUCUGGAAUAAAGAUUUUUUAAAAGUGAAGAA